CUCAAACAGAGCACACGCAGAAAAGAAUCAUCAUGUCUGGACGUGGAAAAACCGGUGGCAAAGCUAGAGCCAAGGCCAAGACACGUUCCUCCCGGGCUGGGCUCCAGUUCCCGGUUGGUCGUGUCCACAGGCUGCUACGCAAGGGAAACUACGGCGAGCGUAUCGGUGCCGGUGCUCCCGUCUACUUAGCAGCAGUGCUGGAAUAUCUGACCGCUGAGAUCCUGGAAUUGGCAGGGAACGCAGCUCGUGACAACAAGAAGACCAGGAUCAUCCCACGUCAUUUGCAGCUGGCCGUCCGUAAUGACGAGGAGCUCAACAAACUCCUCGGAGGAGUGACCAUCGCUCAGGGCGGUGUCUUGCCCAACAUUCAAGCCGUCCUUCUACCCAAGAAGACCGAGAAAGCCGCCAAGAAGUAAUUCACUCCUACAGAAAUUAA